AUGAUAUGUUGCUUGUUAAUUGAUAAUGUUUGCGGCAAAUGGUGGUUAUUGAGUCAGUACAACAUGUCUGCCGUUGACGAGCCGUAUAUAAUCUGCGACCACAUCCCAGGUCUGGAUCGGACCCAACGACACUUCUGUCGACGGCACCCGACGGUCAUACACGCGAUCGCCUCUGGGGUACGGCUAGCUAUUGGCGAGUGUCAGCACCGGUUCCGUCACCACCGCUGGAAUUGCAGCACAAACCCGAGGGAUGUGACACUGUUUGGCCGCCACGUGCUGUCCGCCCUGAGCCGCGAGACAGCAUUCAUAUACGCCAUUACCAGCGCCGGUGUUGCGCACUCAAUCACCCGGUGGUGCAGCGCCGGCCUACUGGCCAACUGCGCGUGCGAUCCUACUCGAGUGGGCGGCCAUCGGGCGCGCGACCCUUCCGGACAGUUUACGUGGGGCGGGUGUUCUCAAUACGUCCGGUACGGCACGGUAUUCGCCCGCCAGUUCAUUGACCGACAAGACAGGCGGGUCAGGGACGCCAACGCGUUGAUGAAUUUGCAUAAUAAUCAUGUGGGACGACAGAUGGUGGUCAAAACCGUGCGACUAGUGUGCAAGUGUCACGGAGUGAGCGCCUCGUGUCUGGCGCGCACGUGUUGGCGCACUGUCGGUGAUUUUAGAGCAGUUAGUCGGGCUUUGAUGGCCAGGUAUACGAGCGCACGGCGUGUGAAUGUACUGCAGACAAGGGAUAGGAUUCAUGGCCUGAGAAAAACUCGUGGCACAAGGCGUUGGAGGGCCGCGACUGCACAGCAAACAAACAAUCAGUUAAUAUAUUUUGAUCCGUCGCCCGACUAUUGCAAUGUUGGUCAUAAAUAUGCGUUUAGCGGCACAGAGGGCCGGGUAUGCAACCGCACGGCAACUGCCGGCGCGUCCGACUCGUGCGAUAUCAUGUGCUGCGGCAGCGGAUACCGUACCCGACGGCUAACCGUGCGAUACGAGUGCGGCUGUAGGUUCUACUGGUGCUGUCGUGUCAAGUGUCUGGAGUGUAAGAAAACAUUAACAAUUAAUACGUGCAAAAGUGGCUGA